AUGAGUGGUGAACUGUUGAUAGUCAAGGCCAACAACCGGACCCUCAGCUACGUCCUCCUCCUCUCUCUCCUCCUCUGCUUCCUCUGCUCCUUACUCCUCAUCGGGCAUCCAAACACAGUCACCUGCAUCCUCAGAAAUAUCUCUUAUGGAGUCAUAUUCACUGUGGCUGUUUCCACUGUUUUGGCCAAAACCAUCACUGUGAUUCUCGCCUUCAAGGUCUUGAGACCUGGAGGAAUUCUGAGGCAUUUGCUGGUGUCUGGGGUUGUAAACUCGGUGGUUCCCCUGUGUUCCCUUAUCCAAUUGAUUAUUUGUGGCAUCUGGCUGGGGACUUCUCCCCCUUUCAUUGACAUUGACACAUCCUCUGAACCCAGGAGCAUCAUCAUUGUGUGCAACAAGGGCUCUGUCACUGCCUUCUAUUGUGUGCUGGGAUACCUGGGAUUUUUGGCCCUGGGAACAUUUUCCUUGGCUUAUCUGGCCAGAAACCUGCCUGACACAUUCAAUGAGGCCAAGUUUCUGACCUUCAGCAUGCUGGUGUUCUGCAGUGUCUGGGUCACCUUCCUCCCUGUCUACCACAGCACCCAGGGGAAGGUCAUGGUUGGUGUGGAGGUCUUCUCCAUCUUAGCGUCCAGCGUGGGGCUUCUAGGCUGCAUCUUUGCCCCAAAGUGCUAUGUUAUCUUCCUAAGGCCAGAUGGAAGCACAUCAAAAGGGUUAAAGACUUCAAGGUAA